UAUCACAGAGAUGUAGUGCCUUAGACCGCUGCGCCACUCGGGAGCCCGACUGAUUGAAUUAUCUACACAUAAUAAUCAUAAUAAUCAUUAGUUGUAGAUCUGUCAUUCGGGAGUCGCCCACUGUCGGCUGCAAUAUCGAACAAGUGCAUAAUAUUGAAGUCUGGUCCAAAACAGAAAAAGGCGGAAAUAGUCACGACACUUUCCCAGCGGAUCACUUGAGCCACGUCUGAGUUGAAAGGUUAAACGCAGUUGCGCUCUCGCGAGAUUCGUUGUAUGUUUUCACAACAGAACAUAUUUUUAUAUUUUACGAAACGUUUUUCUAAAAUAUCCAAGCGCUGCAUAGAAUGCUGGCUACAGGAGCAGCUGUAACCACGGCUCUGGCCCAAGUGGAUAGGGAAAAGAUCUACCAGUGGAUCAACGAGCUGUCCAGCCCAGAGACCCGCGAGAAUGCCCUGCUUGAGCUCAGUAAAAAACGCGAGUCCGUGCCAGAUUUGGCUCCAAUGCUAUGGCACUCCUGUGGGACUAUAGCUGCUCUCCUGCAGGAAAUUGUCAACAUCUACCCCUCAAUAAACCCCCCAACCCUCACCGCUCACCAGUCCAACAGAGUAUGCAACGCAUUAGCACUUCUGCAGUGCGUGGCCUCUCAUCCAGAGACAAGAUCGGCAUUUCUGGCAGCACACAUUCCUCUAUUCCUGUACCCCUUCUUACACACUGUCAGCAAAACACGACCAUUUGAGUACCUCCGACUCACCAGCCUAGGAGUCAUCGGUGCCUUGGUCAAAACAGAUGAGCAGGAAGUGAUCAACUUCCUGUUGACGACAGAAAUCAUUCCCCUGUGCCUUCGCAUAAUGGAGUCUGGCAGUGAGCUUUCCAAAACGGUAGCAACUUUUAUACUACAGAAAAUCCUACUUGAUGAUACAGGGCUGGCAUACAUUUGCCAAACGUAUGAACGCUUCUCCCAUGUGGCSAUGAUACUUGGCAAAAUGGUUCUUCAGCUCUCCAAAGAGCCCUCUGCUCGUCUUUUGAAACAUGUUGUCCGCUGUUACCUACGCCUGUCAGACAACUCCAGCCCCCACACCAGAGCCCGAGAGGCCCUCCGUCAGUGUCUACCAGACCAGCUUAAAGACACCACGUUUGCCCAGGUCCUGAAGGACGACACCACCACCAAACGCUGGUUGGCACAGCUGGUGAAGAACCUACAGGAAGGCCAAGUCACAGACCCCAGGGGGAUCCCUCUGCCCGCACAGUAGCUCUCCUCACUUCUACAGCAGGGUUGCACAAUUAURGUAACUUUCCCAUGAUUCCCAGGUUUACGAAGACUUUCCUGGAAUCCGUAUGGAAUAAUCAGAAAAUCUGGGAAUUUUCCAAAAUUGGAUUUAUGUAAAACCUGGGUAUUUUGCCAACGUUACUGGAAUUUUGCAACCCUACUUACCAUGCAGCUGCACUGAGUGAUACCCACCAGCAAGRACCCAGCUUCCAKAAACAGGAAAAAGGCACCAGUUUGAAUGACAGACGGACUCAUAUAGGGCUGCAUAUUUUGUGAAGAAAGACUGUAUUGAAUGAAAGACCUCUACUCAGCYGUUUUCUUACAGUAUCUUUCAUUCAGAUCAAACUGUCUGCCCUAUCUCCAGAAGUAUACGGAUGCCUUUUCACUUGUCCUCCAAACUAUUUGUUCUAUAUUUUUUUCUCAAGGACAUUUUGGAGUCUUCACUAAGUGUUCUGAAAUUGAAGUACACGACAGAAUGAAAUGUUACACCUCGACAUAUGCGAUACUGUUUAUGUGGCAUAUUUUCUCUUGUGUAAUAACAUAUUACCAAGUAACUGCUUUGUAGUUACACGCAUGUGUUAUAGGAUAUACACAUCUCAAAUAGGCUCGUGUAUGGAAAUCAACUGAAAUCAAGCUGCUUCUGUGUUGUGUAUAUUACAGAGGUUGCUGCAAGGUAAAAGUGUUGGCGUGCUUCAGUGUUAACAGAUAAGGGACCCCCCCAUUUGAGCCUUGGCCCUGUCUAUCUAUGUGAAACCUGARCUGCUGCAGUGUAUUAUUGAUGCUCUGGAACCUGAGUGGAGACUCGGUCAGAAAAACAAGUUCAUGUUCUCAGUGCUAAACUGUAGAGGUAACUCCGGCCUCAACACAGCCUUGUUCUCUGUCAUUGGCAAAGCAGGUAGCCUAGUUGUUAGAGCGUUGGGCCAGUAACCGAAAGGUUGCUGGAUCGAAUCCCUGAGCUGACAAGGUAUAAGUCUCUCAUUCUGCCCGUGAACAAGGCAGUUWACCCACUGUUCCCUGGUAGGCUGUCAUUGUAAAUAAGAAUUUGUUCUUUACUGACUUGCCUAGUUAAAUAAAGGUUAA